AUGGAGAAUCUCAUGAAUCUGCCCAUCACGGCCGUUAUAGGUCCACCUCCAGCAACUAUAGAUCUCAAACAGAACCGGACGUGGAGAGAUAAUGCUGCUGUGAUUACUAUCUCUGGUGUCGCGGUCAUCGCUGUCGUGAUCAGAUUCAUUGUGCGGGUUAGAAGCCAAAAGGCAAGGCCAUUUCUUGAUGAAUGGCUGAUUGCGGCGACCUUGGUUCCCAUGCUGGCCCUUCUGGCUGCUUCAUUAGCCGGUGGUCAUUAUGGGAUGGGAAAGCACGUCUGGUUGGUGACAAUCGGCGCCAUGGUAAAGAUGAAGAAGAUCUUAUUCGCGUAUCUCUUUGUCUACUUAUUUGAGCUAUUCCUCAUCAAGAUAUCUAUUUUGGCUUUCUAUCGCCGCAUUUUUGGCCGAAAUUGGUCGAUCUGGAUUUGCCUGUUCCUAACGACUGGGUGGACAAUGGGAAGCAUGAUUGCCCUACUGGUCAGCAGUGACCCGGUUGCUUAUUUUUGGACAUCGACCUACAAUCCAAAAGGCGGCCAUUAUCGAUACAACUUUUACAACUACUACAUUGGUAAUGCUGCGGCAAAUGUCGUCAUUGAUGUCUUGAUUCUUCUUAUACCAAUUCCGGUGGUAUGGAGACUGAAGCUGCGAGUUACCCAGAAGAUAAUGAUUACCAGUGUCUUCUUUAUCGGCGUUUUUGUCUGCAUUGCUAGUAUCGUGCGACUCCACUACCUGACAUAUCUUAAAGGGACACAAGAUAUCACAUGGGUCAUGAGCGAUAUCUAUGUCUGGUCCACAGUGGAGCCUUGCCUUGGCAUUAUCUGCGCCUGUUUACCAGCACUCCAACCUCUCGUCCAAUCCUUCAUGAAGGCGGAACAUCUGCUUUACCUUCGAAAGAGAUUACGCCGCAGCAAGAGAAUGAGUCAAGUCAAUCAGCUGCGAAAGCGUAUAAGCAACACUAGCAGCGGUAACAACAGCCACAGUCGGUCGGACACUAUGGAUUCUCUAGAUGGCAAGCCUGAGCUGGGCCUGCGAGCUUAUGAUGAUGAAGUGUAUCUUACAUCGUGCGUGGCACAGGUCGAGUCAGAAAGAUGUCGUAGGGAAAGAGAGAAUUUGGAAGAGUUUCUUGGUCCUAUGUUUAUUCGGGUGGAGCACGAGGUCGAAUGGACGGUUGACCAUUCAUAA